GGAAAAGGAUGUGUGCAUAUGAAACACUCCUGUCCACACUAACUCAUAUUCCAUGUUUGUUUAUGUUAUGGAUAAAUAUCCUGCAGCUGCCUUUAUGAACUUAAAAUAGUUUUUGUUCACCAGAUUAAGAUUAAAGGGUAAUUCUAGUAUUUUUCAACCUUAUUUUCCCCUCAUUUUGGGUCUAAGUGACAAUGGGGACAACAUUUUUUGGAAUUGGUCCAGUAUUGAGCAAGAUAACUUCUGCCAGCAGCUGCAAAACGUAAUGAUUUUGGACACUAACAAUAGUUACAUACAAUAUUAUCAAAGUUUUCUGAGCAUACCUCUGCAAUGUAAUCUUUGGGGAAUACUUUGCACAAAGUAUGUCCACUAAAAGUGCCAGUUUUUGCCAGUGAAAGGUCCAGACUGUUAUUAUAAAGGUCUAACAGUUAAAGUAAACACAGGAAUUAGCUGCCUCAGCAUUAUGGCAGCCAACUUCUUAAAAGAAGAAUGUCAGCAAAGAGGCCUUUACAAUUUUAGCACCAUCACAGUUGCUUUUUAACUUUAGAACAAAUAGCAAGAGCAAGCAGAGCAAUAUCAUUUAAGUGUCUUGAUGCAAAAUAGUUGGCCAUGACAUGAGAACAAUUUUUACCUUACUGGCUAAACAAAGGCUAAGUAAUUAAAAUUGUGUUAAAGAUACAUGCAAAUAAUAUUAUUUGGCUAUAGGGAAAUUUGAAUUCUGGAAAUUAAUGUUUAAACUUAAAUUUGCGUCUUUUUGAUAUUCAUCUGUCAUACUCAGAGUCGUAAUCAAAGAGUAUUCAAAGUCUGCUUUAACCCUCGUAUUUCGGCAAUCAUCAGUUAAAUGGAAUGGUUAGACAUUUUUGGAACUACGCUUAUUUGCUUUUUUUCCAGAUUUAGAUAAGGUUCAAGGUUCAAGGUUUGUUUAUUGUCUUUCAAAACAUGCUUUCACAUGAACAGAACACAAUUUGUGCUCAGGUCCCAGCAGCAUAUUAAAGUGACAGUGAUAAAUAAAAAAUAACAACAGAGGAUUAAUACCACACUUAACAUCCAUUAAGGAUAAGGUGACAGGACAAAAAUGGUUGAAAUGGACAGGUUUAGCAUUAACCUACCUCACUGACAACACGACUAAGAAUAUGAGAGUUGUAUCUUCUCAUUUAACUCUUUUCCAUAAUGUUUAACCUAUUUCUAGCAAAAUAACUGAUUGCAAAAUUGUUCACUAUGGGGCUGACCUCAAUAUUGAUGAGUCAAAUAAUCGCCAUGAGUCAAAAUCUUCUAUCUUUUUUUCUACAUCGUUGUACGCUGAGCUAUCACCAAAGACUUACUGUGGUGGAAAUAGAGAAAGGAGAUGAAAUCAGAGGGCAGAGAAACUUGUUUCUGCUUGCUGUUUCUAUGCUCUUAGCUCUGGUGCUGAAACUAUGUUUGAACCAGACGCUCACACCCUCCUCCACUGCAUCUAGAAAGGUGAAGGCUGCCCUUCCUGAAUCAACAGCAGUGCAACUCCACAACAUCCAGCCUGGAGACUGGGUGGUGGUGAAAGACCUUAGAAGGAAACACUGGCACCAGCCUCGGUGGACAGGACCAUACCAGGUGCUGCUGACAACUCCAACCGCCAUCCGGAUAGCUGAGAGGGACACGUGGAUCCAUGCAUCACAGUGCAAAGCAUUCCCCAUGAUGGACUUAUCAACAAAACAGCGGCUUGUAGGAGUUGUAUCCUGGUCGUGGGGUACAGGGAACAUCGAUGGAGUAUGAAGAUCUGGGAAAGAGUAUGUUACCAACACAGAGCCAGGGGACUCCAGAAGUAGAUGACAACAUAAUUGCCACACAGAAACAUUUGAUUUUGCCUCUGUACAGUGCGAUGGCAUGAUAUUAUUAUGUAAAUAUUUGGUUGACACUUUGUGUCAAAAGGGGGGAAUGUCAGGAAUUUUUUGUGUGCCACCUGACACCUGGUAGUAAAACUGAUCUAGUAGGGGGUCAGCAAAGGUUAUCAGUAUUCCUUGGUUGGUUUCUGUAACUUCAUUACUUUCUUAUUCAA